AUGAAUGCACAAGCUUCCAAGGCGUCCAAGGACCGUCGAUAUACUCAGACUCUCCAGAGCAACGCCGCCCGAAGCCUCCGAUCCCGAGCGAGAAGUAGUGCCAGUACGGAUUCCUCUUUAAGUGAGACAUUCUCUACCCCUGGUGAUCCGGCUGCAGAAGAAGGUUCUGCUGAAGAAGACGACUGUACGGAACCGGAGUCUCAAGCGGAGGAUAGCGAAAAGCCAGAGGUGAUUGCCCCGUCUGAUGGGUUUCUCCAAGGACUUGAUGAGCCUGGCACCGACGGUGAACAAGAUGUAAAAGAUGUAAACACCGUCGAGUCAUGUGGACAUCAGGCGGGGCACAAAGACGACGUUCAGCACUCUCAUAUCCCCACCCCAGAGCCAAGCACCACCGGACACUCAAUUGCUGAUAACCGGGAGUCCUUUCCCAUGGACAUCACUACCCCUGUCCGGGACUUUGAUAUUCACUCCUCUGGAGUGGACGUUCCCACACCAAAUGCCCAACCCGAAAGCCCCUCACCGAGGGUUGUCGAGGUUGAUGAUGACGACUACAACGCGGUCAAUUACAUUCCUGACGAUGACGAUGACGGCAAUGACGAUUCCAUUGAGUUACUAGAAGAGCAGGACAUCAUCCAAGAAGAAGCCAAGCGGCCCGCUCCACGGAUCGAAGACUUCAUGGACGAGCCGGACGAAAUUUCCCACCGAUUCAGCAUGGAACUAGAGAUGCUUUCGGCAGAGGAAGACCCCGCGUCCCCAGUCAACCGGAUGGAACUCGACGCUCCCAGCUGGAACAUGUUCCAGGCCCAUACGCCACUCUUCCCCGCCCGCAAGCGCGUCCGCUUCGACGAGACGGCUGAACACCAAAACACCCUCCGCGGAUUCAAGGCCGGCGCGGACCAAUGGGCUGUCCCAGUCGAAGAUCUGAGCCCCAGUAUGCGCCGCAUGAUUGAUGGCGAGGAUAAUGGCUUCAGCACUGAUGACUCGGGCGACACGACUGACGAGGAGAUGCCGGUAUGGGUGCCGUCCCCUGCCGCAAACAAACCAACGCCGCCGCGCACCCGGUCCAAGGCAAAGAGCCCUCGUCGACCCUUGGGAUCCGGACCGGCGAUUGGGAAGUUCGUCGUCGAGGUGGACAGCGACGCGAGCAUCUGCAUCUUCAAUGGCCGGACGAAGCAGAUCGACAUCAUCACUCCUCGCAAACGACAGACUCCUCUGUCAGGCAUGUCCUCCGUCACCUGCAGCACUGCGGGCAACAGCCCUCGCACUCCGAUGUUGCAACUUGAUGAUGUCGACAGCGAUGGGUCCCCCACCAAAUAUUUCUCCACGGACGUCAUGCUCGCUGGGCAGUUCAACAACAUAGGCUCCAGCGGCAACAUGUUCGGAGCUCGCGUCGGUCCACCAGAGUCUUUCAUGCCCAGCAACCCCGGCAGCGAGCAGUCCUGGUUCGACCUCUCCGACCCAUUCACCGCCUUCGAUGGAAUCGGCUUCGACGAAGCCGCCGAGAACGACGAGCAAGGGGAGGUCAACAUGGGCGAAUUCCUCGACCUAGAAGAGGAUGACGACGUCGCCAUCGACGACGCCACCGACGCCGCGCUGCUUGUCCCCACCACCCGCAAGCGCAAGGCCUCCUCGUCGUUUCGUCGUGGCUCCUACUCCGUCGAGUCCAGCAAGGUCGGGGCGUUCCGCCGCAACCAGGAAGCGGCCAAGCGCGGCGGCGACACGCGUGACCUGGAGGCGUCGCGGGUGGCGUUCGCGACGCUGGCGGAGGAGACGUUGAUGGGGCUGCCGCGGACGAAGAAGAAGCGGCGGAUGUCGUCGAUGAGCCACGGUGGCCGGCGGUUCGAGACGUUGUUCGAGGAGGAUUGA